AUGUCCGGUCAUGGUGCCGGUGAUGGCUCACCACAGCUGAAGAAUUCUGAGGUUGACGCGUCGUUGGACUGGCUUUGGGCAGCGGAAGAAGUAUGGUCUGGUGGACUGACUGAACGAACUUCUAAGCCAAAAAGUCCUAGGCCUGGUGCGGGACUGAGCACGCUCGAUACAAUGGACGGGACUGUGGUCCGAUGGGUCUGGCAAAUGGGGGAAGUGAGCGCGGUUAACCAAAUACCGCGACUCGUCUGCUCAGAAGCUUUUAAGCCUGUUUGGCCGAAGGUUAUGCCGGCUUUCAGUUCGGUUGGCGGGUGCCAGAUGGCCGUUGUCCCCCUUGCACUUUAG